CGAAAAUGCCAUCCCAAAAUAAAUUCGCCCAAAUCGAUGCUUGAUGGGCUUAAUCAUUGACGGAGAAUAGGAUCAAUAGACUUCAUUAUAUGUGGAGAAUAGCCUCGGGUUGAAUCCGUGAUCUGUAGCCUCCAAAAUCGAAAGAAAAUGUCAUUUCGGAAAAAUCGCCCGAAAUCGGUGAUGGUACCCCUUUGGGAUAUGCCAAAAAUUGACCCAGAAGAUAUUCGCCCGAAUCGGUGCUUAAUGGACUUCAUCAUCGUUGAAGAAUAGCCUAAGACCGAAUCCUUGAUCUGUAGCCUUCAAAAUCCAUGCUAAAUGGCCUUUCGAAAAGGAUAGUCUAAAAUAUUACGAAAUUGCCAUCCCAAAAUAAAUUCGCCCAAAUCGAUGCUUGAUGGGCUUAAUCAUUGGCGGAGAAUAGGAUCAAUAGACUUUAUUAUAUGUGGAGAAUUGCCUCUGGUUGAAUCCGUGAUCAAUAGCCAUAAAAAUCAAAAGAAAAUGUCAAAUCGCCCGAAAUUGGUGAUGGUAUCCCUUUGGGAUCUGCCAAAAAUUGACCAGGCAGAUAUCCGGCCGAAUCGGUGCUUAAUGGACUUAAUCAUCGUUGAAGAAUACCCUCAGACUAAAUCUGUGAUCUGUAGCCUUCAAAAUCCAUGGUAAAUGGCCUUUCGAAAAAAAUCGUCUAAAACAUUAAGAAAAUGCCAUCCCAAAAUAAAUUUGAUCAAAUCGAUGCUUAAUGGGCUCAAUCAUUGGCGGAGAAUUGGAUCAAUAGACUUCAUUAUAUGUGGAGGAUAGCCUCGGGUUGAAUCCGUGAUAUGUAGCCUCCCAAAUUGAAAGAAAAUGUCAUUUCGGAAAAAUCGCCCGAAAUCGGUGAUGGUACCCCUUUGGGAUCUGCCAAAAAUCGACCCGGAUGAUAUUCGCCCGAAUCGGUGCUUAUAUGACUUAACCAUCGUUGAAGAAUAGCCUCGGACUGAAUCCGUGAUCUGUAGCCUUCAAAAUCCAUGGUAAAUGUCCUUUUAAAAAAAAUCGUCUAAAAUAUUACGCAAAUGCCAUCCCAAAAUAAAUUUGCCCAAAUCGAUGCUUAAUGUGCUUAAUCAUUGGCGGAGAAUAGGAUCAAUAGACUUCAUUAUAUGUGGAGUAUAGCCUCGGGUUGAAUCCGUGAUAUGUAGCCUCCAAAAUCGAAAGAAAAUGUCAUUUCGGAAAAAUCGCCCGAAAUCGGUGAUGGUACCCCUUUGGGAUCAGCCAAAAAUUGACCCGAAAAAUAUCCGGUUGAAUCGGUGCUUAAUGGACUUAAUCAUCGUUGAAGAAUAGCCUCAGACCGAAGCCGUGAUCUGUAGCCUUCAAAAUCCAGUGUAAAUGGCCUUUCGAAAAAAAUUGUCUAAAAUAUUACGAAAAUGCCAUGCCAAAAUAAAUUCGCCCAAAUCGAUGCUUGAUGGGCUUAAUCAUUGACGGAGAAUAGGAUCAAUUGACUUCAUUAUAUGUGGAGAAUAGCCUCGGGUUGAAUCCGUGAUCUGUAGCCUCCAAAAUCGAAAGAAAAUGUCAUUUCGGAAAAAUCGCCCGAAAUCGGUGAUGGUACCCCUUUGGGAUAUGCCAAAAAUUGACCCAGAAGAUAUUCGCCCGAAUCGGUGCUUAAUGGACUUCAUCAUCGUUGAAGAAUAGCCUAAGACCGAAUCCUUGAUCUGUAGCCUUCAAAAUCCAUGCUAAAUGGCCUUUCGAAAAGGAUAGUCUAAAAUAUUACGAAAAUGCCAUCCCAAAAUAAAUUCGCCCAAAUCGAUGCUUGAGGGGCUUAAUCAUUGGCGGAGAAUAGGAUCAAUAGACUUUAUUAUAUGUGGAGAAUUGCCUCUGGUUGAAUCCGUGAUCAGUAGCCUUAAAAAUCAAAAGAAAAUGUCAAAUCGCCCGAAAUUGGUGAUGGUAUCCCUUUGGGAUCUGCCAAAAAUUGACCAGGCAGAUAUCCGGCCGAAUCGGUGCUUAAUGGACUUAAUCAUCGUUGAAGAAUACCCUUUGACUAAAUCUGUGAUCUGUAGCCUUCAAAAUCCAUGGUAAAUGGCCUUUCGAAAAAAAUCGUCUAAAACAUGAAGAAAAUGCCAUUCCAAAAUAAAUUUGCUCAAAUCGAUGCUUAAUGGGCUCAAUCAUUGGCGGAGAAUUGGAUCAAUAGACUUCAUUAUAUGUGGAGGAUAGCCUCGGGUUGAAUCCGUGAUAUGUAGCCUCCCAAAUUGAAAGAAAAUGUCAUUUCGGAAAAAUCGCCCGAAAUCGGUGAUGGUACCCCUUUGGGAUCUGCCAAAAAUCGACCCGGAAGAUAUUCGCCCGAAUCGGUGCUUAUAUGACUUAACCAUCGUUGAAGAAUAGCCUCGGACUGAAUCCGUGAUCUGUAGCCUUCAAAAUCCAUGGUAAAUGUCCUUUUAAAAAAAAUCGUCUAAAAUAUUACGCAAAUGCCAUCCCAAAAUAAAUUUGCCCAAAUCGAUGCUUAAUGUGCUUAAUCAUUGGCGGAGAAUAGGAUCAAUAGACUUCAUUAUAUGUGGAGUAUAGCCUCGGGUUGAAUCCGUGAUCUGUAGCCUCCAAAAUCGAAAGAAAAUGUGAUUUCGGAAAAAUCGCCCGAAAUCGGUGAUGGUACCCCUUUGGGAUCAGCCAAAAAUUGACCCGAAAAAUAUCCGGUUGAAUCGGUGCUUAAUGGACUUAAUCAUCGUUGAAGAAUAGCCUCAGGCCGAAUCCGUGAUCUGUAGCCUUCCAAAUCCAUGGUAAAUGGCCUUUCGAAAAGAAUCGUCUAAAAUAUUACGAAAAUGCCAUCCCAAAAUAAAUUCGCCCAAAUCGAUGCUUGAUGGGCUUAAUCAUUGAAGGAGAAUAGGAUCAAUAGACUUCAUUAUAUGUGGAGAAUAGCCUCGGUUUGAAUCCGUCAUCUGUAGCCUAAAAAAUCGAAAGAAAAUGGCAUUUUGGAAAUAUCGCUCGAAAUCGGUGAUGUACCCCUUUGGGAUAUGCCAAAAAUUGACCUGGAAGAUAUCCGCCCGAAUCGGUGCUUAAUGGACUUAAUCAUCGUUGAAGAAUAGCCUCAGACCGAAUCCGUGAUCUGUAGCCUUCAAAAUCCAGUGUAAAUGGCCUUUCGAAAAAAAUCGUCUAAAAUAUUACGAAAAUGCCAUCCCAAAAUAAAUUCGCCCAAAUCGAUGCUUGAUGGGCUUAAUCAUUGACGGAGAAUAGGAUCAAUAGACUUCAUUAUAUGUGGAGAAUAGCCUCGGGUUGAAUCCAUGGUAAAUGGCCUUUCGAAAUCAAUAGAAAAUGGCAUUUCGGAAAAAUAGCCCGAAAUCGGUGAUGGUACCCCUUUGGGAUAUGCCAAAAAUUGACCCGGAAGAUAUUCGCCCGAAUCGGUGCUUAAUGGACUUCAUCAUCAUUGAAGAAUAGCCUCAGACAGAAUCCGUGAUCUGUAGCCUUCAAAAUCCAUGGUAAAUGGCCUUUCGAAAAGGAUCGUCUAAAAUAUUACGAAAAUGCCAUCCCAAAAUAAAUGCGCCCAAAUCGAUGGAUAAUGGGCUUAAUCAUUGGCGGAGAAUAGGAUCAAUAGACUUCAUUAUAUGUGGAGAAUAGCCUCGGGUUGAAUCCGUGAUUAGUAGCCUUAAAAAUCAAAAGAAAAUGGCAUUUCGGAAAAAUAGCACGAAAUCGGUGAUGGUACACCUUUGGGAUAUGCCAAAAAUUGAUCGGGAAGAUAUUCGCCAGAAUCGGUGAUUAAUGGACUUCAUCAUCAUUGAAGAAUAGCCUCAGACCGAAUCCGUAAUCUGUAGCCUUCAAAAUCCAUGGUAAAUGGCCUUUCGAAAAGGAUCGUCUAAAAUAUUACGAAAAUGCCAUCCCAAAAUAAAUGCGCCCUAAUCGAUGGAUAAUGGGCUUAAUCAUUGGCGGAGAAUAGGAUCAAUAGACUUCAUUAUAUGUGGGGAAUUGCCUCGGGUUGAAUCCGUGAUCAGUAGCCUUAAAAAUCAAAAGAAAAUGUCAUUUCGGAA